AUCAAGUCCAUGUGAAAGAAAAGAGAGUUCAAUAUCUUAACGUCUACCUGAAAAGCUCUAAUACACGUGAUUGUUUGACCCCCUUUUAUAAUCAUUCGAUUGUUAAUUUCGACUUCCAUUUCAUGUGAUUCGGGGAAUUUAAUCUCCGCCAUUACAUAUCAUACAUUCAUACAUCCACGCACCCCUAGAUGGCCAUAUAAAGAAAUGACUUGGAGUAUGGAUGGCAUACUGCUCCUGAACAGGGGACCAUUAUUCGGGUCAAGACCAAACUCAUCCAGUCAUUUUAUCUUGCUUGCUCAGAAUGACCUCAGGAAAGAAAGUCUUCAUCGUCGGACCUGGCUUCAUUGGCUGGAAUGUGCUUGAACUGUUGGUCAAGGAACAAUACGUCGUCACAGGUUAUGUCAGGAGGCAAGCUCAUGCGGAUCAGAUCAAAGCCUCAGGAGCCACUGACGCCGUUCUCGGCGACCUAAACGAUAAGCCAUUGAUCACGAAGCAUGCCUUGUCUUAUGACGUAGUCAUUCACACAGCUACCGCCGACCAUCUUCCAAGCGUGGAAGCAAUUCUAGAUGCCGUCCAGCAGCGAGCUGAGAAAGGCCUCAGUACAAUCUUCAUACACACCUCGGGAGCAUCCGUGCUAGAUGAUGGCGCGGAAGGGAGUUUCAAAUCUGACAAGAUCUAUCACGAUAAUGUUGUGUCGGAAGUAGACUCCGUUCCUGAUGAUGCGCCACAUCGUCAGAUUGAUCUUGCCGUUGUUAGAGCCCGAAAGCAGCUUUCAGAGAAGGCCAAGAUCGCCAUAGUUAUCCCGCCUGUCAUUUAUGGGUUCAAUCCAAAUCAUGGGCGGCUGACGAUCCAGAUCCCAACUCUUACCCGGUACGCUCUCAAGUAUGGUUACGCGGGACACCUUGGAGCUGGCCUUGCUGUUGAAAGCAACAUUCAUGUGCUCGAUCUAGCGAAAGCGUACGUGGUGCUACUACAUCAUCUAGAAGCCACACCAGCCAGCAGCCCGGAUAUCCUAGAGAACCCGUACUACUUCACCGAGACCACAGGCGACAACGAGCCAAGCUGGAAGGACGUUGCCACGCUCAUCGGCGCCGAACUCCACAAGGCCGGGAAAAUCCCGGACCCGGAUCCGCGGACGAUCCCAACCGAGAACUACGACGACUUGUUCGGGAAUCAUACACCUGCUGCCGUUGGUCUUAAUAGCCGUAGUCGUGCUGUGCGGUUGCGAGAGCUAGGGUGGAAACCUAUGGAAAAGAGCUGGGCCGAAAGUUAUGUGCAGGAUGAACUCCCCUUCAUUCUCAGUGAAGAAUCGGAUCGUCACACGUUUAGUGGCUACAAAGGAAUUGUUGCUAGCUGAAGAGGUUUGUAUGAGAGCAAAUUCAUAGGCUCAACGAGGAGGAGACAUAACGUAUUUAUGCACCUAUCACUUAACCUAAGUGAUAUUGCAUGGGUAAACAAUCGGCAACGAUCACACAUUUUCAGCAUUUAGAUGUUUCACAAACCAAUGCCUCGUUAGUUGUUGCUACUAUGCUCUACUCCAAAUAUAAAUGAAUACCAAUUAAUGGCAGAUACCUUAGGUACCUAGGCUAAUAUAUCCCUUGUUUGACCUAGUAA